GGGCGGGGCGAGAAACUGUGUCGGGUGCUGCUGUGACCGGCUGGCGCGGGCCGCGGCUGUUCGUGCGGCGUGUGCCUGGGCCGCGGGCGGGCGGCUGCUGCGGGGCCAGGCCUGGCGGCUCCCAUGGAUGACAGCAAGGUGAAUUGGGAGCUGCUGAGAGAUAUUGAUGGCUGUGCGGAGUGCAAUCCUGUAUUAAUCCAUAGAGCUGGUUAUGAGAAUCAGGGUCCAGACACCCUGUGGUAUGAAUGGGUGGUCGGAGGCAAAGUAAAGAAACCAGGCAAACGAGGUCGUAAACCAGCCAAAAUAGAUUUGAAAGCAAAACUUGAGAGAAGUCGUCAGAGUGCGAGAGAAUGCAGAGCGAGAAAGAAGCUGAGAUACCAGUAUCUGGAAGAGCUGGUAUCAAGCAGAGAGAGAGCAAUCUGUGCACUUAGAGAAGAGCUGGAAAUGUACAAGCAGUGGUGCAUGGCAAUGGACCAAGGGAAAAUCCCCUCUGAAAUAAAAGCCUUGCUAACUGGAGAGGAGCAAAGCAAAUCACAUCAGAGCUCAACCAAACUUGCCAAGGCUGGGAAGACAGAAACACACAGUAACAAUCCCUUUUCAGCCAGUUUGCCCGGUACUGAAGUCAGGCUUACAGGCCUGUAAUUGCCGGGAUCGCCCUUGGAGCCCUUUUUAAAAAUUGGGUGAAAGUUGUUCAGCUGAUAUGAAAGUCAGCGGUGAAUCCAAUCCUAUUUGGCAUCUCGUGAAAGAAUGGAGAAAAUUUUGCUUCAGAGUUCUGUCUGCUGUCUGUUCUGUGUGAUCUUUUCAAUUGUUACACCACAAAAAUCAGUGUUAAUAUCACCAUAAAGAGGUUGACACUAGCCCACAAAUGUAUAGAAAUUCAGAGGUAAGGCUGAAAUUCGACUUUAACCAACGCAUGCUUAAGUAUAGUAGCAUAUGUGACAUGUAAGAUCGUCUGAUAUCGAUACCUCUUCUGUAGGGAGGGGGAAGACACAAUUUCAGCCUUAACACUAAAUUUCCCUCUUGUUAAUACUAUGUAAUGUUCUCUUAGUUUUGGCUUUUUGUAUAAUUUAAUUUGUUUCUUACUUUUUAUGGUGAUUACUUGGGGGUGGGGAGGGUGCUUUUAAUCUACAGGCCUCAUGUUGCUGAUAUUGCAUCAUCAGACCAAGAUCAAGUUGAAUUUGUGUUUGUCCUAUGCAUAUGUUGCAUACAUUGUAACAUCUCCCUUUAACCAUUCUCCCAGAAGUUGUUAAUAUGUAUUAGUGAUACUGAUAUUUGCAUUGCUGUUCUCUGUUUUGUCUCCUUUAAAUUGUGACUAGAAAAUAUUAAGGGCCUUAUUUCUUUACUAAUGAAUUGCAGCAACACCUCAUUUUUUAAAAAAGAAACACUGGUUUUCAGUUACUUUUGAAGUCACUGAACUUACAGUGGGCCUGAUCUCUAGUCAAUGGAAGCUUUUCCUGGGUGCAAUGAAGGAGUAUACCCACUUGGUCUUAUGUUCCCCUUUAACUCAAGACUAGCUUUAAUUACGCUGUUAACGAUGGCUUCAAGCCAUAGUUUUUGCAUACAUAGGCAUGGCAGAAUUUGAUUAUUUUUUUAAAUAUAAUAUUGAUGUUUAUUUGUAAGUGUUUUUUCCUACUUUAGUGAUUUUUUUACAGGUGCACAAAAUUAUGGAUUUUAAGCAUUUUUUGAUUUCUGUAGAUUUAAAUAUUGACAAUUGCAGGAAAUUAUGGGGGUGCGUCAGAAAAUGGGGCAAAGGGAGACAACAGUCAAGAGUAGACCUAAAGAUUCAAAAAGUUAAAGCUUCAUAGCCAUUAAAACAAAUUGUCAACAUCAUAUGUUGAAAUAUACAAAAAAAAAUCCUUAAAUCAAACCCUGAUAAGAAAAUGCUGCUUGAGAACUUACUUUGCUUAUCUGUAAAUUUCAGUUAUCAAUGGAAAUAUUUUUUUCAUAUGUUUAUGUAUGGUAAAAUUGACAUUUACGGACAUUGACCAAUAAAAAUCAAAUCCUUCCAAGCGUA